AUGGAGGGUAAGGAGACCCACUCUCCUGGAUCCGCUCUCCGUCGAUCAGCCACUCACGACGACGGAAUAGACCCCUUUGAUGCAAUCCUAGAUGCUGACGACGGCUCCGAUGACGCGAGCCCGUCCCUCACGAAAUCUCGGCCGUCCAAUCUCUUUCGUCCGAUCCAGCAGCUCUGGCGACGACCCAUCGUGCGAUUCGCCGUCGCACAGAUCUUCAUCGUCUGGGCUGUCGCAGCGUCGGUUCUCUACAUCCAAGACGUCGCAAUGUCGCACGAGGAGUCGCUACAACACAGCGACAUUUCAGGUCUAGGUGCAGGCAGCGGCCUCGGAGCUGCUGGUCAAGCAACCUUAUUGGAGCAGCUUAAAAAGCGGUUUCAUGAACGUUGUCCCAUGCGCCCACCAGUGUGCCGGCCCAGGAUCGACCUGAAGGCGGUCGCGCAUAGCGCGAAGCACUUUUACGCGCAAGACAAGCCCGCGGACGGGGAAGGCCGGGGCCUGGGGGAGACCGCGGGGGGAUCCGCGGACGGGAAGAAUGGGACAAGCGGGGGCGGAGGCGGGGCUGGCGGAGCGGGGGAUGAGCUUCCGCUGGUGGUUUUCUUCGCGGGGAUUGAGGGUUCGGGGCAUAAAUUCUUCGAGCAGGUGUUUCGGAACAUAAAGAAGGUCAAUUUCAGUGGUGAGUUGCUGAUGCCUGGACGUGCUGUCCCCUGUCUGUCCGUGCUUUCCCCUGUCUGUCCGUGCUGUCCCCUGUCUGUCCGUGCUGUCCCCUGUCUGUCCGUGCUGUCCCCUGUCUGUCCGUGCUGUCCCCUGUCUGUCCGUGCUGUCCCCUGUCUGUCCGUGCUGUCCCCUGUCUGUCCGUGCUGUCCCCUGUCUGUCCGUGCUGUCCCCUGUCUGUCCGUGCUGUCCCCUGUCUGUCCGUGCUGUCCCCUGUCUGUCCGUGCUGUCCCCUGUCUGUCCGUGCUGUCCCCUGUCUGUCCGUGCUGUCCCCUGUCUGUCCGUGCUGUCCCCUGUCUGUCCGUGCUGUCCCCUGUCUGUCCGUGCUGUCCCCUGUCUGUCCGUGCUGUCCCCUGUCUGUCCGUGCUGUCCCCUGUCUGUCCGUGCUGUCCCCUGUCUGUCCGUGCUGUCCCCUGUCUGUCCGUGCUGUCCCCUGUCUGUCCGUGCUGUCCCCUGUCUGUCCGUGCUGUCCCCUGUCUGUCCGUGCUGUCCCCUGUCUGUCCGUGCUGUCCCCUGUCUGUCCGUGCUGUCCCCUGUCUGUCCGUGCUGUCCCCUGUCUGUCCGUGCUGUCCCCUGUCUGUCCGUGCUGUCCCCUGUCUGUCCGUGCUGUCCCCUGUCUGUCCGUGCUGUCCCCUGUCUGUCCGUGCUGUCCCCUGUCUGUCCGUGCUGUCCCCUGUCUGUCCGUGCUGUCCCCUGUCUGUCCGUGCUGUCCCCUGUCUGUCCGUGCUGUCCCCUGUCUGUCCGUGCUGUCCCCUGUCUGUCCGUGCUGUCCCCUGUCUGUCCGUGCUGUCCCCUGUCUGUCCGUGCUGUCCCCUGUCUGUCCGUGCUGUCCCCUGUCUGUCCGUGCUGUCCCCUGUCUGUCCGUGCUGUCCCCUGUCUGUCCGUGCUGUCCCCUGUCUGUCCGUGCUGUCCCCUGUCUGUCCGUGCUGUCCCCUGUCUGUCCGUGCUGUCCCCUGUCUGUCCGUGCUGUCCCCUGUCUGUCCGUGCUGUCCCCUGUCUGUCCGUGCUGUCCCCUGUCUGUCCGUGCUGUCCCCUGUCUGUCCGUGCUGUCCCCUGUCUGUCCGUGCUUUCCCCUGUCUGUCCGUGCUGUCCCCUGUCUGUCCGUGCUGUCCCCUGUCUGUCCGUGCUGUCCCCUGUCUGUCCGUGCUGUCCCCUGUCUGUCCGUGCUGUCCCCUGUCUGUCCGUGCUGUCCCCUGUCUGUCCGUGCUGUCCCCUGUCUGUCCGUGCUUUCCCCUGUCUGUCCGUGCUUUCCCCUGCUUGGCGUUGCUCUCCCCUGCAAUGGUGGCGUUCGAGCCGCUGCUCCACCUCGCCUCUCCCACUUACUUCAUUCCCCCUCCCCCCAAUUCCCCAACCUCCCCAACUUCCCCUUCCGUUCCAUCCUUUGGCUCCAAUCCUACACCUGGCUCUAACCCCACGCCCGCCCCCCCUUUUUUUCGCUCCACCCCACAUACUCAUCCCCCCUUCUCCCUCCCCCCCUGCUCCGCCCCUCGCCCUUCCCCCGUUUCUCCCCCUGCUCCGCCCCUCGCCCUUCCCCCGUUUCUCCCCCUGCUCCGCCCCUCGCCCUUCCCCCGUUUCUCCCCCUGCAGCUGUCCGCGGCUGCCCUACGCGCGUCCCCUGCGCGCCUAUGCCAAGGAGAUGGCUGUGCGGCUGGCAGAGAUUGGCAGCUCCGCGUACCUCCGAGCUCGGGACUCCUACCCUCUGGGCCGGGUUCGGACGCCCCUGGCUCGGCCGGACCUGGUGCACAUGCUGCAGCUGGACGGGCUGCUAUUCAACCUCAAAGUCGUCGUCAUCUCCAGAGGGCUGCCUGAUGCUGUUCGCUCGGCAUACAGGAUGGGCUACCAUGGAGGGGACCUGGGCCUUCAGGUGCGCAUAGUGGAGGACGAGAUGGUGUUUCUGGACACCACCAUGCGCAUGAUCCCCUGCAGCAAGUACAUUGUGCUCGACUUUGACUGGGUGGCUGACAGCCCCGAGCUCGUGGCAGAGCCUCUGGCAGACUUUCUUGGAAUGGGGUUGACAGCAGAGGAUGUGAUUGCGGGGGUGAAAGGCGCCACACAAACCAAGCCCAAGCACCAAACCGAGUACCCCGAAUUUGGCGGGCAGGCACUAGACGAGUUUUUCUCGACCGUCGCGAAAGGCGUGUCUAACGGCAAAGCGUACAUUCGAUUCGACCACCUGGAAUUCCAUCGGCCGGCAGAAGAGGCGCAACGGUCGCCGCAGGUUGGGAAAACCGGCCGUAUCGAAGCUCUCCUAUUCGACGUGGAAGAUCGCGAUCGGAUCGGAUACGCCACGUCAGCAAAGACGCGAUCCUUCUGCUGCACUCCUGAGCUAGUGCAACGCACCGGGUGCAACCCCGGCCACGUCAUCGUCCGGCCAAGGGAUGGCGACCACCAGUGGCCGCGUGUGGUGGAGAUCAAUUUCUUUGGCAACGACACCACAGUGGUGGCAGCGCCGUCGGAGAUUCGCAUCAAGAUGACGGGCAUGUACUACCUCUGGUUCGUUAUCUGCGACAAGAGCAUGGCUGGCGUGUCUGUAACGGGGACAACUGUGUGGAAGAACCCUGACGGGUAUCUGCCCGGCAUGAUGGCGCCUUAUCUCCUUUUUUACGAAAUCAUGGCUGUGGUGUACACGAUCCUGGGCAUCGUGUGGUUUGCGCAGUAUUUCCGUUUCUGGCAGGACGGGCUGCAGAUCCACACGUGCAUCACGGCAGUGCUUGUGCUCUCCAUGGCCGAGAUGGCCACCUGGUUUUACGACUUCGCCAAUUUCAACUCCUCCGGCUUCCGCCCCAUCGGCACCACCAUCUGGGCGGCGACUCUCGGCGCCAUCCGCAAGGCGGUCUCCCGCGUGCUAGUUCUAGUCGUCUCCAUGGGGUUCGGCGUCGUUCGUCCCACUCUGGGCGGGUUAUCCGGGAAGGUUGUGGCGCUAGGAGUGGGGUACUUCGCGGCUGUGGAGCUCCUAGACGUGAUGCAGAACGUGGGGGCGAUUGACGAUCUGACGAGCAGCGAGCGGCUGUUCCUGGUGCUGCCGGUGGCGGUGCUCGAUGCCAUUUUCAUCCUCUGGAUCUUCUCCGCGCUUUCCAAGACGCUCGCGCAGCUGCAGGCCAAGCGCACCACGCACAAACUGGAGCUGUACCGCAAGUUUACCAACGGUCUGGCGAUCGCUGUGCUGGUGUCGGUCGCCUGGAUAGGCUUUGAGAUGUACCUGCGCACAUCGGACCCGUACAACGAGCAAUGGGAGGGCGACUGGAUCACCGGGUGCUUCUGGCAUGUGCUCACGCUCAUGCUGCUCUGCCUCAUCUGCGUGCUCUGGGCGCCCUCUAGAAACGCCACCAGAUACGCAUACUCGGAGGAUGUUCCAGAAGAGUUGGGGGAGGAGGAGGUAGCACUUACUACUGUAUCAACUUCUGGUGGUGCUGGUGGUGGUGGUGGAGGGGCGGAGAAGAAGCAAGCAGUGAACACAGACGUGUUCUCAUUGGAUGAUGAGUUGGAGGAGGGGAAGAAAGAAUGA